CUUACGCGACUGGUAGCUCAGGGAAAAGCAACAGAUUGACAGAAUCGGUGUCCAGUGUAACCCAUCAGGCAGAGCUUGGAAGAAAAGAUGUUCCGUAAUCAGUAUGACAACGAUGUCACUGUUUGGAGCCCUCAGGGACGUAUUCAUCAGAUUGAAUAUGCCAUGGAGGCAGUGAAACAGGGUUCUGCCACUGUGGGCCUUAAGUCCAAGACUCAUGCUGUUCUUGUAGCUCUGAAGAGAGCUCAGUCUGAGCUAGCUGCUCACCAGAAGAAGAUUCUUCAUGUUGACAACCACGUGGGCAUUUCUAUUGCGGGUCUUACUGCUGAUGCAAGACUUUUGUGUAACUUCAUGCGUCAGGAGUGCCUUGACUCUAGGUUUGUGUUUGACCGGCCUCUUCCUGUUUCCCGCCUGGUGGCUUUGAUUGGAAGUAAAACCCAGAUUCCAACACAGCGAUAUGGAAGGAGACCCUACGGUGUUGGGUUGCUUAUUGCUGGUUAUGAUGAUAUGGGGCCUCACAUCUUCCAGACAUGUCCAUCGGCAAAUUACUUUGACUGUAAAGCCAUGUCCAUUGGAGCCCGUUCCCAGUCUGCUCGCACUUACCUGGAAAGAAACAUGGAGAAAUUUAUUGACUGCAAUUUGAACGAACUUGUCCAGCAUGGUCUCCGUGCUUUAAGAGAAACCCUCCCUGCUGAGCAGGACCUUACUACAAAGAAUGUCUCCAUUGGAAUUGUUGGCAAAGACCUGGAGUUUACUAUCUAUGAUGAUGACGAAGUUGCACCAUUCCUCGAAGGCCUUGAAGAGAGACCCCAGAGAAAGGUUGCACAGCCGCCUGAAGAGCCAGCAGGAGGAAAAGCUGAUGAGCCCAUGGAGCACUGAUGUUGGUCCUGGCUGCCAAAGAUUUACACUGCUGAUUAAAAAGUUCACAAUCUGUAACAUACCUGCUGUCAGUCUAUGACCAUGCAUUCACAAAGCAAAUGUCAACAUGGAGCCCAUUUUGGCCUAAGAAGAUCUUAGAAAGCCACCUACCACAAUAUUAGCUUUUUUGUUUUCUACAAAGACUAGUUAUAUUAUGCUUUUCUAUAUGAACCAACCUCAGAUUGAAGUUUCAGAAUAAAAUCUUGUUUUCCCUAUGUGUUUCAGGUCGUAGCUUUUUUAAAAAACAAAACAACAGAAAUGUUAAGUAACAACUGCUUCCAAUAAAAAAUAAAAAA